AUGGAAGACGAUGACGAUUUCGGUGGUUUAUACACAGAUGUUCUUCAGCCCUUCGCUCCUUCCUCUCCUUCUCCCCCCAAAGCCCAACCCAUUCCCCGCCAACAAUCACCUCAACAACCACCUCGCCACGUGGAACCCGCAAUCGCCGAUUCCAACCUCGCCAAUGAACCUUCCGUUGAUUCGAUCGACAGAGACGUAAAAUUCGACAUUGAGGACGAGGAAAUCGAUGACGCACCGCUCAUUCCAGGGCUGACCGGCGUCGCCGAAGAAGCUUCCAGAAGAAUCGGCGGGGGCGAUGAUUGGGACGACAGCGAUGACAGCGAGGAUGACCUGCAGAUUGUCUUGGAUGACAACGGCCUCACGGGCGCCGGCGACGACGGCGGCCUCGAUGUUGUGGUGGCAGACGGCGACGCGGAGGAUCGCGAUUGGGGCGAAAAUUCGACGCAACCGAUUGAUAGUGAGAAGAAGGAUGUGGGAGAGUCGGUGAAAGCUGUUGCGCCGAAAAUUGGGUACAGCAAUCAGGGUUAUCAUCAUCCCUUUCAUUCUCAGUUUAAGGUCAGUGGCAUUGUAAUUGUACAUUUAAGAAUAGUAGUAAAUGAAGUUUGA